GUGUGUGUGAGAGUUCACAAAAUCACAAGCUUGUGUGGAAAUUAAAAAAGGCAUUAGUUGAAUAGGAAAUCAAGAAUGGCUGGAGAAUCAGCGGAAAAGAAACUGUAUGAUGCUGCAACAAUUGGGGAUGUAGCAACGUUCCAACAACUGCUCCAAGAAAACCCACAUCUUCUUGAUGUAGUUUCAUUUCCAUGUCUCAGAAAUGUAUUACACAUAGCAAUAAAGCAGGGACAAGAAAGCAUCAUGGAAGAGGUGUUGCAGAUCAACCAAGAGCUAGCUCGAGAUCUGGACUCCAAGAAUUCUUCAUCUCUUCACCUUGCAGCUGCGAAAGGGAACGUCGGAAUUGCCAAAAGAUUGUUACCAAUAGCCCCAGAGAUGUGCUGGUGGAGAGACUGCCAUGAUAUGAACCCAAUUCAUGUUGCAGCCAUGAAAGGGCAUGAUGAGGUGUUGAAGGAGCUGCUUCAAAUGGAUUUAUUUCCUGCUAUGGAGAGACUGCAUCGCGGCCAGACCGCGCUGCACUUUUGCGUGAAACAUCGUCAGCUUACCACAUUGAAGGUUUUGGUGGAGAAGUUGGGAGACCUUGUGAAUGCAAAGGAUGAUGAUGGGGAGACGCUCUUGCAUUUGGCUGUGAGGUCCAAUCAAGAUGAGGUUGUACGGUACUUGGUGGAAAGUAAUAAAAUGAAGAAGUUAUCUAUGAAUUCCAUGGGCAAAACAGCACUGCAUAUCUUAAAUGAGACCUCUCGAGACACAGCUACAUAUUCAGAGAUUAAAGGAAUGUUGCGAAGUUUAUCUGAUCAGUCAAUGCUCGAAGUCUUCCCCAAGUUGACCGACGUCACAAUGGUGGUGGUGGUCCUGAUCGCCACCAUGGCAUUCCAGGCCGCCGUCAGCCCCCCCGGCGGCGUGUGGCAGGAUGACACAUCAUCGCACAGUGCCGGCAAAGCAGUGAUGGCGUCUACUCAUCCCAAAAUCUACAAACACUUCGUUCGUGCUAACACCACAGCUUUCAUUUCAUCUGUCAUCACAAUCCUCCUCAUCACCACCGGAGGGCCAUCGAAGAGCUUCUUCUUCCUGGCUAUCGCCACGUAUGCAAUGUGGGCGUCGUUGACAUCUAUUGGAGUGAGCUAUGGAGCUUCCUUGGUGAUGACCAAUCCCAUGGAAACAGUACUAUCAAUUGGCCAUAUUGCUACCGUAAUUGUCUCCGUGUUUCUCAUCAUCUUUGUGUUAAUAUUCGCCUACGGUCCCAUACAUGAGUUUUACUCGUCGUUGGAGAGAAAAAUACGAAGAGAGCACCAAAAUAGUUUUUCAUUCGGAUACGCAUAUGGUUAUAGACUAGGGUAUAAUUGCGGACGACGCUGCUUGAGGAUUUUGUGCGGAAGGUCGGACUCAGCCCAGUCGCGAGACACUGGCCGCACCGUACAGGCUGCGUGAAAUCGGAAAGUUGCAGAUCAGCAGCAGAAUAUUACAAACGCAAUCACCUUUGUUUUGCGAUCAUAAGUUACUGGUAUUGGACUAUCGUUGAAGAAUUGUGCUCCAUAAGUCUCUACUUUGUGUUGAAUUCUGGAUGUAGAUCGAUUUUUGUAUAAUUUUUCCUACUGAUGGGAUCCUUUUGAUGGGGAUGCAAACAAGAAAAAUGGAUGAAAUAAAAUAGUAUGCUUAAUUAA